AUGGAGUAUCUUUCUAGAUUACUAAAGGUUGCUGGGGAUCAUGAGAACUUCAGAUUUCACCCAAGGUGUAAUAGACUCAAACUGAACCAUCUGUGCUUUGCGGAUGAUUUAAUGAUAUUUUGUCGGGGUGACUUGGCUUUUGUUAGAAUCCUUCAAGAUAAAUUAGAGUUUUUUGCGAAUUCCUCUGGUUUGGUUGCAACCUCUUCAAAAUCUGACAUGUAUCUUGCAGUUGAAUGUGAACGUCUUGUUGUGAGAAUGACCUCUAAGAUUAGAUCUUGGCAAGUCCGAAAUCUCUCUUAUGCAGCUAGACUACAACUUGUUUCCACUGUUUUGAUGAAUAUCACAAACUUUUGGUGUCAAAUCUUUGUGUUGCCUAAGAAGGUGCUAAAGCAGGUGAAUGCAAUCUGUAGAGCAUAUCUAUGGCAUGGGAAAGUUGAUUCUGAUACCCCUGGCUGGGCUUUUAAGAAGAUAUGCAAGGUUAAAGAUAGGAUGGGUCAAUGGGUGCAUAAUAGCUCUUACUCUAUUAAAGAAGUCUAUCAUGAGCUCUUAGGGGUUGGGCAGCCAGUUAACUGGGUGAGUUUUGUAUGGAAUAGAAGCUCCAUUCCCAAAGCUCGAUUCAUAUUAUGGUUAGCGGUGAAUGAGAGAUUGAAGUCUAGGGACAAGUUGGCUACAUUAGGGCUCAUCCUUACUGACACAUGUCCAUCAUGUGGUUUGAUAUCAGAAUCUCACUAUCAUCUGUUUUUUGCUUGUAUCUAUAGCCUUCAAUGUCUUCGAGACAUUUUGACAUGGUUGGGUAUCAGGAUUAUUAGUGAUUCCCUUGCUGAUUUUGCAUCUCGGAAGUGA